AAUGAGGACGUCAGGUUCUGCUUUGAGCUAUGGUGGCACUCAUUUAACCAAGGAAUCAUCGGGAGGUGGAGAAAAAGAAGACUUGGAAAUAUUCACAAUGGCACUCCUACUGCCAUCUCUGCUUUCACUGCUACCCACCAAACCCUAGACCACCAUCACCCUCUUCAACCACACCAUGUUCAACCAGUGCCACUAACAACCAGAGAUCUAGAUCCAGAUCGAGUCGGCUCCACUGCAGUUGCACCCAGUGGUGGUGUUUUGUCGGGUGGGCCCAAGUCCAAGACACCAUCGUCGACAUCCACAACCAGCAACGUCCGCUACCGAGAAUGUCUCAAGAACCACGCAGCCAACAUCGGCGGUAAUGUGUUCGACGGGUGCGGAGAGUUCAUGCCUUGCGGCGAGGAAGGAACCCUCGAAGCUCUGAAAUGCGCGGCUUGUGAUUGCCACAGGAACUUCCACCGUAAGGAGGUGGACGGCGAGACGACGCCGUUCGGGCCCGGCUCCAGAUCAAGAAGCAUAAUGCUGAGCCCUCUCCAGCUCCCUCCGCCGCUUCCCUCUCCGUCCUCGGCUCUCCACCACCACCGCCACCAGAAAUUCUCGAUUGUUCAACCCAUGAGCGUGGCUUUCGGAGGGGGGACGGAGUCUUCGAGUGAGGAUCUGAACGUUUUCGACAAUGGGGAUGGAGUAGGAGGAGGGGUGGUGCCGCCUUUUAGCUUGUCGAAGAAGCGGUUCAGGACCAAGUUCACGGCGGAGCAGAAGGUGAGGAUGGUGGAGUUUGCGGAGCGAGUCGGGUGGAGAAUUCAGAAGCAGGAUGAGGAGGAUGUGGAGAAGUUUUGUGAUGAGGUGGGAGUGAAGAGGCAGGUGCUGAGGGUAUGGAUGCACAAUAACAAGAACACAGUGAAGAAGAUGCAGCAUGACCAUGACAUCACCACCACCACGAGUCAGCUGGCAUUGGAGAAUGUUGAAGCUCAUGAAGAACCAGGUCAAGAAGGAGGAGGGACAGACACAUAAUCAAGGGGGCUUGAUGAGAGUGAGUGAGCUGAGAUUGGUUUGUAUAAAAUGGACUGAUGGAGAGGCCUUAUUGCUAGCUAGCUAGAUUGAUCAGAUGCAUGAUUAUUAUUCUUCUUCUUCUUCAUUGGAACUGGAAACCUUGUUAUUGAUGGCUUUUAGAGCUGGUAGUAGUACUAUUAUUCAGCUGCUUUAAUUAGUUAUUAGUUAGUUAUCUUUUAACAGAAUCCUGUAUUAGGUUAAAUUUUUCAUGCCAUUGAAUGAUGCUGUUCAACCUAUGUGUGGAACCUGCAUUUUCCUUUUCUGUGAUACUCUGGUCUCUACUUUUUCUGGUGGUCUCCAUGCACUUCAAUUUAGGGAAGGAAGUCAAAUGUGUUAAAAUAAUGCAUGAAUG